CAGACACUUGCUGUAGUCACAUCGUGUUUGUCGCUGAUUUCCUGAUACUCAUAAAACAUUACAAACGCGAGUGACUGUGAAAAACGACUCAAGUUUUGCUUCAAGGUCACCCGCUGAAGUUCUUAUCCAACCCUCCGUAGGUAAAUCUUUAUUGGCGAGUUGCGUGAAGAAAUGAGUUUUAACAAAUACUCCAUAAUCAGGCUCGCAGACUACUUCAGAUUACGACGUGAAACUUCUCGUUAAAGUGAAGAGGACUCAAAAGUCACUAUGACUUCUCAGAAUAGGAUUGUAUUUACUAAAUUACUGUUGUGUUGUUUUGUGGCCGCGGCGUGGGCAAGAUCAUGGGCGAACCACCAUGACACAACAACGUCAACAACCCAUACUACUCCAACUACUAGUCAAUUACCUAAAAACUUCCACAAUGAUCCGCUCAUUGUUGAAACGAAAAGCGGUCUUGUCAAGGGCUACGCCAAAACUGUGAUGGGUAGUGAAGUACAUAUAUUCACAGGUAUUCCCUUCGCUAAACCUCCACUAGGACCCCUGAGGUUUCGGAAACCUGUCCCCAUAGAACCAUGGCAUGGCAUCCUCGAAGCCACGUCCAUGCCAAACAGUUGCUACCAAGAAAGAUAUGAAUAUUUCCCUGGUUUUGAAGGAGAAGAAAUGUGGAAUCCAAAUACUAAUAUCUCGGAAGAUUGUCUGUAUUUAAACAUCUGGGUACCACAGCAUUUGCGAGUACGACAUCAUCAAGACAAGCCUUUGGCUGAAAGGCCCAAUGUACCAAUUCUUGUUUGGAUAUACGGUGGAGGGUACAUGAGUGGUACAGCUACACUUGACCUCUAUAAGGCAGACAUAAUGGCUGCAUCUAGUGAUGUAAUAGUGGCGUCCAUGCAAUAUAGGGUUGGCGCUUUUGGAUUUUUAUAUUUGAACAAAUUCUUUUCCCCCGGUAGCGAAGAAGCCCCAGGGAACAUGGGCUUAUGGGAUCAACAACUGGCUAUUCGUUGGAUCAAAGAUAACGCACAAGCCUUCGGCGGCGAUCCUGAGUUGAUAACGUUGUUCGGGGAAUCCGCUGGCGGCGGAAGCGUAAGUUUACACAUGCUCUCUCCUGAAAUGAAAGGAUUGUUUAAAAGAGGAAUAUUGCAAUCAGGGACCCUGAAUGCACCGUGGAGUUGGAUGACCGGUCAGCGUGCUCAGGAAAUUGGAAAAGUUUUGAUCGACGAUUGCAACUGUAAUAGCAGCCUUUUGGCGGCGGAUCCGAGUCUAGUGAUGGAUUGCAUGCGUGGAGUGGAUGCUAAAACUAUAUCUGUUCAACAAUGGAAUUCAUACACUGGCAUAUUAGGCUUUCCGUCUGCACCUACUGUUGAUGGUAUAUUCCUUCCGAAAGAUCCCGAAACAAUGAUGAAAGAGGGCUAUUUUCAUAAUACCGAAGUGCUGCUGGGAAGCAAUCAAGACGAAGGAACGUACUUUUUGCUGUACGAUUUUCUUGAUUACUUCGAGAAAGAUGGACCCAGUUUUCUUCAACGCGAAAAGUUCUUAGAAAUCAUAGACACAAUUUUCAAAGAGUUCUCAAAGAUAAAACGAGAAGCCAUCGUGUUUCAAUACACCGACUGGGAGGAGAUAACAGAUGGUUAUUUGAACCAAAAGAUGAUUGCAGAUGUUGUUGGCGAUUACUUUUUCGUCUGCCCGACGAAUUAUUUCGCUGAAGUUCUUGCUGAUGCCGAAGUUGAUGUCUACUAUUAUUACUUUACACAUCGUACCAGCACCAGCCUUUGGGGUGAAUGGAUGGGAGUGAUGCAUGGAGAUGAAAUGGAGUAUGUGUUUGGCCAUCCCCUGAACAUGUCCUUGCAGUACCAUACUAGGGAACGAGACCUCGCUGCUCACAUAAUGCAGUCCUUUACAAGAUUUGCGCUUACUGGCAAGCCUCACAAACCGGAUGAGAAGUGGCCACUAUACUCCCGGUCAUCGCCUCAUUACUACACAUAUACGGCUGACGGCCCCAGCGGACCUGCCGCCCCGCGGGGACCACGCGCGUCGGCUUGUGCAUUCUGGAAUGACUUCCUGCUAAAACUUGAUGAGUUGGAGCACGUACCAUGUGAUGGAGCUGUAACAGGGCCGUACAGUAGCGUCGCCGGCACUACUUUACCAAUAGUGCUACUCACAACCCUUGCUACUACCGCGGCCCUCUAAAUUUCCUUAGUCACCAGUAGAAAAUUACACGUAGCGAGGGAGCUUGCUUGAAUAGAUCCAACUAACUAGAUAAGAUAUAUGACACAUUAAACAAAUGACUGUUUUGAAUUAACGUCAUGACACUAUGAUAGCAAAAAAAUCAUUCCUGUACCGGUUUUAAAUCAUUGUAUUAAAAUAACAGUAAAUAGGAAUACUCAUUAUUGAGCGCUGCGUGGAUUUGAUACCAAUCGAUUUGUAUCGUUCCGCAGAGUGAAAUAAAAAAAUCUGUAUCACAUUAAUUUAAUAAAUCGCGUUACUAUGGUAACCGAUGUUAAAUAGUUGGCUGUUUAUUGGUGGAUGGUUGUUUUCUAAUUAGUAUUGUAGUAUAAAUUAAAAGUAUACUAUAAGGGCGAUGUUAAUAACUUAAAACUCACAUUCAAUAAACUUAAGUUGAAAGAAACCAUCGUCCAUAGAACACGUAAAAAAUAUUUUUUAAAUAUAUUUCAUAAUACAUUCCGCUGACAUGUAUAUAGAUUUAAGUAUGAAUUAUUAAAUUCGAUUCGACGAAAUAAUGUGGAGAAGUUUUAGAAAAUGUGUGGGCUUUUGUUAAAGCAUUGCUGUGCUUACACUUCAACUAUCACUAUACAUAUCAAUGUGUGCCUCGGCUUUAAUAGCAAUUGAUACAUAUCGUAAUUGUAGAGGAAUUUUAGAAAUUUGUAUUAAAAAACUAUUAAUAUAGAAUUUAAAAAGUGAGUAAAAUUUUUACUAAUAUACAUCUAUUUAGGAUGCUACAAUUUAAAAGUCUUAUGAAUCCCAAAAUCUUAUGACUUGACAAAUUAAUAGUAUUUUGUAAAUAUAUCUUCUAAUUAGAUCGCUUUCGAUCAUACACUGUCUAUACAUAUCAACACAAAGUGCUAAGAGCUAUGCUAAGUAGACUCAUAAUGAACUUUUUAUAGAAUAUUGCACUUUCUUGCAAGAAUGCUGAAAUAUAAUGUAGUUCUAUCUCUAUUAUGAAAAGCUGAUUUAUGGUAUACAAUAUUAUCAACAUACACACAAUCGUUAAUCGUUAUCUUAAGGUUAAAAAAUAUGUUAAAUAUCAUAUGAAGAUCACAUCACUUAAUUUAGUUAAGAUAAUCAGAACAACUUUUUAACAGCAUGUUUUAACCUUUAGUAUUUUACGAUUUGGUACCAAUUUUAUCUUUUAACUAUAUUUUCAGAAGAUUUCAUUAAAGAUAUAUACUUUUUCUAUCGUUUAGUAAAGUAUAUUGAGAAACCAAAUUAAUUUGGCAUUUGUGUAUUUAGAAAUUCUUAUUUUUUUGUAGGAUACAAACUUAUCGUGUAAAAAUAAUGCUUUAAGUGGGAAAUCAUCUUAUGAAUGUAGUAAAAUUGAACAAAAUAUUUAUAUCUUUAGCGAUAGAUAUAUGUAUACCUAUAUGUACGUCAAUUACUAUCCUUGAAAAAGCUGGGAAUAAUGUAAUAUUUACCGAUUUUGUUAUCCUGUGACAUAAAAAGUUACUUACACCUUCCAGAUUAGGAGUUAUAAAAGUACAUAGUAUUAAACCCAUUCUAAAUAUAUUUACGAUGAAUUUAAGCUGAAAACAGAUUGAAAAUGAAAAAAAAAAAUUCUUGACAAGUAUUAUCUAUUUCAUGUCGUAUGCUGAAAAACUACUUUCAAACCUUGUACGAUAAAUAUACUAUUAGAAAUAUAUCCUCUUCAGAAUUAUAUAAUCACGAACCACUAUAUAAGUAAAUUUUAUUGUUUGAACAAUAAAUAGUAAUUAGAGGACCAUAUUCAACUUAUUUAAUACACUCUUAAUUAGUUAACUUUCAUAACAAUCCCACAGUCAGAUUCACAAGGCAUUUUCUUUUGCGAACUAGCGAACUGUGGCAUCGACCGACGGAAGUCUUCCCUGAGAGAUACGACCUCCGACAAUUCAAAAUUCGAGCGUAAUCCUCCCUUAAAGGCCGGCAUCGCACCCAUUAAAAAUGGGCUAUGGGCUGCGAUGACUUUUUGAGCGUAAUGGCUUGUUUGCCCCCUAUUAUAUAAAAAACACAUUAUCAGAUUUUUUCUGAUUAUGUGUUUUUUUAUAUAUUAAGUAUAUUUAAUUAAGUAUAUUUUAGUUUUACUUCUAAAAGAUCAAACAAUAUAAACGUAGUAAUGUUUUACUUUGCAUACUGACUUUCAGAGUUUCACGAUAAUGAUAAAACAUCUGCUAGCUAUUAGAUGUUUAAUUGAAAUAUAGAUUACAUAACGAUUUAACAUUAUUUAUACUUUCGCAAUAAAUUUUAAUAAUGACGUAAUAGAUUACCAAAUAACUCACAAGCACCAAACGGUUUCUAUAAACGUAGAUAUUUGGAAUAUUAUAAUCUAUAUAAAAAUUCUUUGAAAUGCAACAGUUCGGCACAAAUGCUUUGUUGGGCACACAAAAAUGAAUUGUCUGGGAUAGCUUUAAUUAGUUUAAUAUAAUGAUCUUGUAAAUCAUAGCUAUAUUUUAACUUCUAACGUUUGUAAGUAAUAGGUGGUAGCCGUAUUAAAAUAGGUAUCCUAUUA